UUGUAAGGUUUCUAAUUCUACAAAGGUUUCCUUAUUGUUGUCAAUGGAGUCUGACGACGGACGUUUUCACUGUGAGUGGGAGCGAGGUGCUCUCAUCGGCAAAGGUGCUUUCGGCUCUGUCUUCUUCGCUCAUCCCAAGCUUUCAUCGUCAUCAUCUCGCCUUCUUCCUCCUGUGUUCGCCGUCAAAUCUGCCGAGAUUUUGUUUUCUGCAACACUAGAGAACGAGCUUGAAGUUUUCAACCAUCUCCAGAGUUUUCCACACAUCAUUAGCUGCUUCGGUCGAGAACUUACUGUCACCGAUAAUGGCGAGACCGUAUAUAAUUUGUUGAUGGAGUACGUCUCCGGUGGUUCCCUCGCCGAUCACAUCAAGAAAUCGGGUCGUUUGCCUGUUGAACAAAUAAAGAAUUACACAAGGCAAUUACGGCUAGGGCUUGCUCAUAUUCAUGAGUCCGGGUAUGUCCACUGCGAUAUCAAACCUGAUAAUGUUCUCCUAGCGCCAUCCGGAGAUGAUUUUGUGGCAAAGAUUGCUGAUUUCGGGUUGGCGAAGAGGAGGGAGAGGAAGUUUAGUCAUGUGAAAGGAACUUCUUCCUACCUAGCACCAGAAUGUGUUGUUAAUGGAGUCCAGGAUUGUGGUUCGGAUAUUUGGGCGGUAGGGUGUGUGGUGUAUGAGAUGCUAACAGAACACUCUGUUUGGCAACAUGAUGCCAAUGAGACUAGUGAUGAUAUUUUCUACAAAAUUGCUGGUAGACGACCUUGUAUUGAUUUUGGGUUGCCAUGGGAGGCUAAAGCUUUCUUGAUAGUAUGUUUUGAAAGAACAGCUAAGUACAGACCCACCGCUGCAAGGUUGCUGGAACACACUUUUUUGACUGGCUUGAUUGAAGACAAGAAGGAAGAGAAACAUGUUGAUGAGAAUGGCUUUGGCAGUGAGGAAGAAGAAGAAGAGGUUGAGAAUGGUUGUGAAGAAGAACUGGAUAGCGAGAAUCAAAAAGUGGCCAAGAUUGGCUGCGAAGUAGAAGAAGACCCUGAGGAAUUAGAAGAGGCUGAGAAUGGCUGUGAAGAACAAGAAGAGGAUCGUGAGGAAGAGGAGCCUGAGAAUGGCAGAUUCUCUGAAUGUUCAGAUUCCCUAUUUGGUAGUGAGGAAGAAGAAGAGAUUCAGAAUGGCUGUGAAGAACUGGAUAGCGGGAAUCAAAAAGUGCCUGAGAUUGGGUGCGAAAUAGAAGAAGACCCUGAGGAAUUAGAAGAGGCUGAGAAUGGCUGUGAAGAAGAAGAAGAAGAGAAUCCUGAGGAAGAAGAGCUCUUUGGUAGUGAGGAAGAAGAAGAAGAGAUUGAGAAUGGCAGAUUCUUUGACUUUCAGGCUGAAUGUUCAGAUUCCCUAUUUGGUAGUGAGGAAGAAGAAGAGGUUGAGAAUGGUUGUGAAGAAGAAUUGGAUAACAAGAAUCAAAAAGUGGCGAAGAUUGGUUGUGUAGUAGAAGAAGACCCUGAGGAAUUAGAAGAGGCAGAGAAUGACUGUGAAGAAGAAGAAGAUCCUGAGGAAGAAGAGCUCUUUGGUAGUGAGGAAGAAGAAGAAGAAGAGAUUGAGAAUGGCAGAUUCUUUGACUUUCAGGCUGAAUGUUCAGAUUCCCUAUUUGGCAGUGAGGAAGAAGAAGAGGUCGAAAAUGGUUGUGAAGAAGAACUGCAUAACGAGAAUCAAAAAGUGGUGGAGAAUGGCUGCGAAGUAGAAGAAGAAGAUCCUGAGGAAGAAGUUGGUUCAUCUUAUAUGUUUGAGGAUGAUUGGAGUUUUAUUCCUAAGGAGGAAUCAAUGAUGGUGCCAUGUUCAUUGUCCAAGAAUGACAUGACACUUCCUGCCAGCAAGAGAAGAAAGAUUUCUCACUUGAAUCCCAUUACUGGUGGUGACCUUACAUUCAGGACAUUAGCUCCCACCAUUGCAGCUGGAUUAUAACACAGAUGAGAUGAUAUAUGCACAUAUCAAUGUCACGUCUCUGUUCCUGGUACAUAUAUUCUUGGCUAACUGUUGCAAAGAUGAGCAUAAAUUCAUUGUAAUUAUCUCUUGAAAUUUGACUGAUAAAUAGUCCUUGAUACAGUUAUUCAU